GAAUCGGUGAAUCCAAUCAUAUUGCACAGGCGCGCGAUACUACAAUAGGAAUAUCAGCCUAGACUGGAGAGUGAGCCAUAACGUUAACCCCGUGGUCCUCUCCUCGUCGGGAGACUUGCAACUGUUGACAGUAGCCUGAUACAACUGCAUCUGCAGCCUGCAACCCCGUUGAUACUCCUGAAACGGCGUCGUACUAACUUGCAUGAUCUCGUCUAAUUCUCCUUCUCUGCACUCAUCUUUCACUCGGGGGAACAUCGGAACCCUCAUACACAGAAAUCGUCGUCCGGUCCUCAUGAUGAAGGAUCGGCCUCCGCCAUCCUCCUACGGCUCCGUUUACAUUCCUCCUCACCAACGUCUGCGCUCUGUCGUCACCUCCGCCGGUUACAUCUCGUCUGCUCCGGUGGACUUCAAGCUCCAUGGAUCCGAAGGGGCAGUUAUAAACCCUAUAGGCAUCAAUGCUAGUGCCACUGCUACUCUGCCUCACUCGCAGACCAAGUUGCAGGAACAAGCUCCAUGUAAGUUGAAUUCGCGCUGUGUUUCUGCUUAUGAUGAUGGGAUUUCCGAGGAAGGAUCGGAUCGUGAAUUGGAGACGUCUUCACAACCGAGUGCUUCACCCAAUGAUAACACUGAUGAGUGGAAGCAGAAAUUUAUCAUGCUUUUAAAUGACAAGAGUAGACAAGAGUUGAUCUCAAGGGAGAAAAAAGAUAGACGUGAUUUUGAGCAACUAGCAGCCUUGGCAACCAGAAUGGGAUUGUAUAGUCAUAUGUAUUCAAAAGUUGUUGUCUUCAGUAAGGUCCCACUGCCAAAUUACAGAUAUGAUUUGGAUGAUCGAAGACCACAGAGGGAGGUGAGUGUGCCUCUUAAUGUGUUGAAAAGAGUUGAUGCAUAUCUCAAACAAUAUCUAUCCAAAAAGUCUGGGAUGAAGGAAAGCUUUUCAGAUUUGUCAUCUGUGAGAUCAAGAAGUAGUGGUAAUUUUGGUACCGAUGAAGGGCUCUUUGAGCAACCUGAUCUUCAAGCUUCCAGUAGGGCAGUUGUAGAGAAAAUUCUCCGGAGAAGAAGUUUACAAAUGCGUGAUCAACAAACAAAUUGGCAGGUUAUCUUCCCUGAAAAUGAAUCUCCAGAAGGAAGGACAAUGCUGGAGUUUCGUAGAAGUCUCCCUGCAUAUAAAGAGAAGGAAGCAAUAUUGUCAGCUAUAUCAAGUAAUCAGGUUGUCAUCAUCUCAGGUGAAACAGGUUGUGGCAAGACAACACAAAUUCCUCAAUUCAUUUUAGAAUCUGAGAUAGAUUCUGUCCGUGGAGCUCUCUGUAAUGUUAUAUGCACACAGCCAAGACGCAUUUCAGCCAUGUCUGUUUCUGAAAGAGUUGCCUUUGAGAGAGGAGAGAAAUUGGGUGAAUCUGUUGGAUAUAAAGUUCGCUUGGAGGGAAUGAAAGGGAGGAAUACCCAUCUUCUGUUUUGCACCACAGGCAUUUUAUUAAGAAAGUUGCUAGCUGAUAGAAACUUGAAAGGUAUGACGCAUGUUAUUGUGGAUGAAAUUCAUGAGCGCGGGAUGAAUGAAGAUUUUCUCCUCAUUGUUCUUAAAGAUCUCCUUCCCCGCAGACCAGAACUGAGAUUAGUCUUGAUGAGUGCCACCCUUGAUGCAGAGCUCUUCUCCUCUUACUUUGGUGGAGCUCCAGUUAUAAAUAUUCCGGGCUUUACAUACCCUGUUAGAACUUAUUUCUUAGAGAACAUUCUGGAGAUGACGGGCUACAGAUUAACCCCUUCCAAUCAAAUUGAUGAUUAUGGUCAAGAACGGAUGUGGAAAUUGAACAAACAGACCCCAAGAAAAAGAAAAAGCCAAAUUGCUUCUGCUGUAGAGGAUGCAGUAAGAGCUGCUGAUUUUCAGGAUUACAGCCCACAGACACGGGAAUCUUUGUCAUGUUGGAAUCCUGACUGUAUUGGUUUUAACCUCAUAGAAUAUAUCUUGUGCAAUGUAUGUGAGAAUGAAAGGCCUGGAGCUGUUUUGGUUUUUAUGACUGGAUGGGAGGAUAUAAGCUCUCUCAAAGAUAAGCUUCUAGCAAAUCCUGUAUUAGGAGAUCCAAGUCGAGUCUUGUUGCUUACUUGCCAUGGAUCAAUGGCCAGUUCAGAGCAGAGCUUAAUUUUUCAAGAGCCUGAAGAUGGAGUAAGGAAAAUAGUGCUAGCAACCAAUAUUGCUGAAACAAGUAUUACAAUAAAUGACGUUGUAUUUGUUAUUGACUGUGGAAAGGCAAAAGAAACAUCAUAUGAUGCGCUGAAUAAUACACCUUGUUUGCUUCCCACCUGGAUCUCUAGGGUUUCAGCUCAACAAAGAAGAGGAAGAGCUGGUCGUGUUCAACCUGGAGAAUGUUUCCAUCUCUAUCCUAGAUGUGUAUAUGAUACUUUUGCAGAGUAUCAGUUGCCAGAAAUUCUGAGGACACCUCUGCAAUCUCUCUGUUUACAAAUCAAAAGUUUGAGACUUGGAAGUAUAUCUGAGUUCUUGUCUAGAGCUUUGCAAUCUCCUGAGUUACUAGCCGUACAAAAUGCAAUUGAAUAUUUGAAGGUAAUUGGGGCUUUGGAUGAGAAUGAAAAUCUUACUGAUCUUGGCCGGUACUUGACGAUGCUUCCAAUGGAACCGAAACUUGGCAAGAUGCUAAUAUUAGGUGCUAUCUUCAAUUGUCUAGAUCCCGUGUUAACUAUUGCUGCUGGCCUCAGUGUGAGAGAUCCUUUUCUAACACCAUUAGAUAAAAAAGAUCUUGCAGAGGCCGCAAAAUCUCAAUUUUCCUGUCAUUAUAGCGAUCACCUUACUCUUGUUAAGGCUUAUGAGGGCUGGAAAGAUGCUGAAAUGGACCUUGCUGAGUAUGAAUACUGCUGGAAAAAUUUUCUUUCAGCACAAUCAAUGAAAGCUAUUGAUGCUCUUCGCCAGGAGUUUUUCUCCCUGCUUAAGGAUGUUGGAUUAGUUGAUAGCAACAUGACCAGCUGCAACGCAUGGAGCCAUGAUGUGCAUCUUAUCCGAGCAGUUAUUUGUUAUGGCCUAUAUCCCGGAAUUUGCUCUGUUAUGCAUAAUGAGAAGUCGUUUUCGCUGAAAACAAUGGAGGAUGGUCAAGUACUACUAUAUUCAAACUCAGUAAAUGCUCGGGAAAGCAAAAUUCCGUAUCCAUGGCUAGUUUUUAAUGAGAAAAUUAAAGUGAACUCAGUUUUCCUCCGUGAUUCAACUGCUGUGUCUGAUUCAGUGUUGCUUCUUUUUGGUGGAGGCAUCUUGAAGGAAGAAACUGAUGGGCACUUAAAAAUGUUAGGAGGAUAUUUAGAGUUCUUCAUGAGACCUGCUGUUGCUGACAUGUACCAGAUUAUAAGGAGAGAACUUGAUGGUUUAAUUCAAAUCAAGCUACUGUGUCCAAGGAUGGACAUACACUCAUUUCACGAGCUCCUUUCUGCUGUGCGGUUGCUGAUUUCGGAGGAUCAUUGCGAAGGCAGAUUUGUAUUCAAUCAUCAGGUCUUGAAACCGUCAAAGCUGUCUUUAGUGCCCUUACAACCAGCAUUGGGUUCAAGGACUGAAAGUGGACCUGGGGGUGAUAAUUCUAAAAGUCAGCUUCAAACAUUGCUUACAAGGGCAGGAUAUGCUGCUCCCACGUACAAGACUAUGCAAUUGAAGAACAAUCAAUUUCAAGCUACAGUCGAGUUUAAUGGAAUGCGUAUAUUGGGUCAACCUUGCAACAAUAAGAAGAGUGCAGAAAAGGAUGCUGCAGCUGAGGCUCUUCAGUGGCUGGUUGGAUCAAGGCAGACAGGUAAUGAGUGCAUCAAUCAUGUAUCGAUGUUGCUGAAGAAAAGCAAGAAGGAUCAUAAUUAAGCAAUCAUCUAUAACAGCUAGGAAGGUAACGGUGAACCUGAAUUGAGGCUUGAAUUGUAACUGUUCCUAAAACACUCAACCAGACGAAGGGAACGAAUGAUUUGGUGGCAUUGUUACAUCAGUAUAAACCUGGAGGUUUGAGCGAAUUUGAAUCUGUUGACAACUAUAUCCUGUCAAGGCACAAUAUGAGCUGAAUUAACUGGGAGUUGGAGGAUAUUUACUCUUGAUCAAGAUAAAAUAUGGAUCAUCAGGAAAAGUGAAGCAAGAGACAACCAGCUAAAGCUUUUGAGUGGAUGAUGCAUUUGCAUGUUCAGCUUCUUCAGUGAGAAAAUAGCUGGUUUCUGGUGGAAUCUGACGAAUGGAAGAUGUAGUUCAUAGCAUUCAUAGGGAUGUGGGAUUAAUGUUGCUUCUUGGGUUCCUGCAUCUUCUUGAUCUUCAAGGUUCUUUGUAUAGUUUCUGAUUUUUGGUAUCUUCAAAGCCAGUGUCUAUAUGAAUAUAGAAGGCCUUCUGUUUUUGGUAGAAUUACAGUAAAGUCCUAGAUAAGGCAUUUAAUUAUAACUGGUACAAUGUGUCACAUGAUGACGUGUAAAUAUUAUAUGUUUGCAUGGAAAAGGGGUCUAUUAGUCAUUAAAUUCCUUUCCUA